AUGAGUUCGAGGCAUCGAGACCGAAGUCGUUCAAGAUCUCGCGAUCGAGAUAGGCACAAGGAACGAGAUCGUGAAAAGACGAGAGAUCGGGACCGAGACAAGGAUAGGGAUCGCGACCGCGACCGUGACCGUGACCGCGAUCGGGAGCGCGACCGUGACAGGGACAGGGACAGGGACCGGGACCGCGACCGCGACCGCGAUCGUGACCGGGACCGGGACCGGGAUCGGGAUCGACACCGUUCCAAGAGGGAUAAGGAGCGAGAAAGAAGUCGCAGUCGGGACCGCCACAAAGAGAAACGCCGCAGUCGUAGUCGGUCGCGUAGCAGAAGCCGAAGUCGCAGCCGGAAAUCUAAAGAUAGUUGUGUGAACAGAGACGGCACCAUAGCUCUACUGGACCAGAUGGUGGGCACGACGACGAAAGCGACAGCUCGGCAGGUGACCCCUAAUGGUGCCAUCAACCCUGCGACCCAGGCUGCUAUCCUCGCUGCUGCAGCUGUGGCUCAGACGUUUGUGGCGCAGCGGCGUAUGGCGGCGCCCGUGCAGCCGGCGGCGGCGGCCGCGGCCGCGCUAUCGGCCGCCACGGCCAUCCCGCCGCCCACCUCCGUGCAGCAGAAGCUGGAGCUGAUGCAGGCGCGCACCGAGUCGCGCUACCGGGACAAGCCCACGCACCACGACUACCACCCCGACGACGACCAGGACGACGGCCUCGGGCCGGUGGGCGAGUCGGCGGCCGAGCGGCGGGCGCGGCGGCGUCGCUCGCGGUGGAUGGGCGGUGAGCACGACAAGACCUUCAUCCCCGGCCUGCCCACCGUGCUGCCGUCCACGCUCACGCGAGAGCAGGAGGAGCAGUACCUACUCCAGCUGCAGAUCGAGGAGGUGUCCCGGAAGCUGCGCUCCGGCGACCUCGGCAUCCCCGCCAACAUCGAGGAGAGGUCCCCGUCGCCGGAGCCCAUCUACUCGACGGACGGCAAGCGGCUGAACACGCGCGAGUACCGCACGCGCCGCAAGCUCGAGGAGGAGCGCCACCGCCUCGUGCAGCGCAUGCAGCAGAUCAACCCCGAGUUCAAGCCGCCGCCCGACUACAAGCCGCCCAUCAUCCGCGUGCACGACAAAGUGAUGAUCCCCCAGGAGGAGCACCCCGACAUCAACUUCGUGGGGCUGCUCAUCGGACCGCGCGGCAACACGCUCAAAGCGAUGGAGAAGGAGACGGGCGCGAAGAUCAUAAUCCGCGGCAAGGGCUCGGUGAAGGAGGGCAAGGUGGGGCGCAAGGACGGCCAGCCGCUGCCCGGCGAGGACGAGCCGCUGCACGCCUACAUCACCGCUACCAACGCUGACUGCGUCAAGAAGGCCGUCGAGAAGAUAAAGGAGGUGAUCCGCCAGGGCGUGGAGGUGCCGGAGGGCCAGAACGACCUGCGGCGCAUGCAACUGCGGGAGCUGGCACAACUGAACGGAACGCUGCGAGAGAACGACGCCGUGCGAUGCGCCAACUGCUCGGCCACCGACCACAAGACUUGGCUGUGCCCGGACAAGCCCAACGUGACCAACAGCAUCGUGUGCUCGUCGUGCGGCGGCGCCGGGCACAUCGCGCGCGACUGUCGCGCUAAGCGCCCCGGACAGGCUGCGCUCGCACACAACCUCAACAAGGCGAAGAUCGACGAGGAGUACAUGUCGCUGAUGGCGGAGCUGGGCGAGGCCCCGCCGGGCGGCGGCGGUGGCGGCGGCGGCGCGCGGCGCUUCGCCCCCUCCGCGCUCUUCGCGCCCCACGCGCCCGCGCGCGCCAUCCUCGCGCCGCCCGGUGACAUGGCGCCGUCGCUGUCGGGCCCGCCCGGCGUGUUCCCGCCGCCGCCGCCGCCGCCCAGCUCGCAGCCGGCGCCCUGGCUCGGAGGCCCCGGGCCGCAGCCGCCGCCGCCGGGCGCGGGGUCGCUGAGCGCCUUCCCGCCGCCCCCGCCCCCCGCGCACCCGCCGCACCCGCACGCAGCGCCCAUGCACCACCAGGACGGCAAGAUGGGCCCGCCUUCGAACGUGGGCGGCGGGCCGCACAUGCCUCCGCCUCCGCCCGGCAUGAUGGGCAUGUCGUGGCGCGGCGGCUUCAACCCGCCGCCCUGGGGUGCGCCGCCCCCUCCCGCCUUCCUCGCGCCGCCGCCGCCCCCCCCGCCCGUGUCGCAGGACUAG